AAACAUGUAAAACGGGAACAUGACAGGAGUAUUCUAAAAGCGACUCAUGUAAACACCUUAAUCACAUUAUUAUCUUACUCAGAUUAAGGUCAAUAAUUAGAUUACUGCUGUCCAUGUAAACGUAGUCACUGAGCUUUUCCCUCCCUGUCCACCUGCUGGAUCACCUCUCCCUUGGCACACCAUGAUUUACAAAGUAGCACUGUAUUACUUGGGAUAAUAAAUAUAGUUAAUAGACAAGAACAUUUAGAACAGCUUUGUAAUCAUAUUAGAAGCCCAGUGGUUUUGCUUACCUGCUGCACAGAGUGUCAGAGACAGCGAGACUAGCGUCCACCAUGCGCUCAUGUGCAAAUCCAUUCUGGAGAAAGUGGAGCACUUCAGGAGCCAAGACACCUGGAGAACCGUGGAGUGGAGAAGUCACAGCCAGAACUCACUCAGAGGCAGGAGACACUGAACGUAACAGUAGUGCGAAAGAAAACCAAGAAGCAGAUCGGUUUCCAGUUAGCACACUGCACACUGUAGGCAGGAGUGAAGCAUGGGACUGGCAGCGCCUGAGCAGUGUUAUCUGAGCGCAACCCAAAAAAAAAGCCAAAAAAAAAAAAAAACCCAAAGCGCAGGGAGUGUGUGGACACAACUAGAGAGUAUGUGCCGCUGAAACCCAGUGCCAGGCUUAUCAGAGAAGGGAUGGUCGUUCAGGUUGACACCUCCAUUCCUCAACAUACUAUCUAUGCAAAUUAAAGCGAACCCCAGGAGGUGUGAGGAUAUAAAAGAUGCUCAACGCCGUGGAAAGACAAUUCCCUCUGGACUGCGACUAUCCUGCACGUUUUUUGCACACUUUGCGUUGUUUCUUGUACUUACAGCUUUAGCGCACGGAUUUGGAGGGAAGAUGACUUUCUACGAUGACAUUUACCCAUUCUACCCGCUACAAAGAACCUCGUUCAUAUUCAGCGGCAGCCUGCUCGCUGUCAUCCUGGUUUUCCUGACGCUGCUCGUCACCUUGCUCCUCAUUGUGCCUGGGAUACGUGGCCGAUCGCGGAUACUUUGGACAUUCAGGAUCAUCAUUAGUUUAUUCAUAGGAGUGGUUAUAGUUGCUCUAAACUUCACCUGUGACUGGGCUGAAGGAAGGUUGAAGGCCAACACGACUUACAAAUCCUUCAGUAAUUUUGUGGUGAAUGCUGAGGUGGGUCUACAUGUAGGCCUGUAUGGAAUUAACAUCACGCUCAGAGGAGAUCCUGUAGUACAGUUCAACGAGACCAUAGACUACAAUGAAAUGUUCACAUGGACUGGUGUCACAGAGGAUGAUUAUUCUGAUGCCCUGGAAAAAGGUCUUCCUAACCCCAUCCUGUACAUUGCUGAGAAGUUCACCCUCGACAGCCCCUGCAGUCUCAUCUAUCAGUACCAAUACUCAGGCAGAUACGCCUCGGCCACCUUGUGGACGGCUUUUUGCUGCUGGAUGGUGGCCAACAUCCUCUUCUCAAUGCCCGUCAUCCUGUACGCCGGCUUCAUGAUGCUUGCUACGGCGGCUUUUAUCUUCUUCUCCUUGGCCUCCUUUUCCACAAUAUACAACAUCCCACAGUGCAGCUUCUCUAUAGGCACAGAAUCCUUUGAACCUGAAUAUAGCCAUUCCUUCUGGUUAGCUAUAGCUACUGGUUUAUUGUCAGCAGUGAUUGGUAUUGUAGUUAUUCUGCUGGACUGCCUGAUCCCAGAGAAGAUGAGGGAAGCUUUCAGUGUCGGGGUGGAUGUGGAUGAUGAUAACGACAUGCACUCAAUAUCAGAGGGCUACAUCAACACCAGCUUCCUAGAAGGAGUAAGUUUAGAAGGCGUGACUGUAAAAACAAUGAACCAAGAACCACAGCAGAUCUCCACUUUAACUGUAAGUCUCAAUACCCUUAUCGAACAAGCAUUGCAACUUAUAUAAACCUUCAGAUGAUUCCUGACAUUAAUAAAACUCAACAUCUUAAUAGUAAUUAAUAAAAUGAUG